CCCCUUCCUGCUGUGCAUAAUGGUUUGCCCGAACGGUGACAUCACCUUUCCACCGCUAGACAGGACGUCGGAAGCUCCUAGCUAGAGACGUUUUGUUUUGAUAUUUCAGCAUCUGAUCCAACUCAACCACAUCGACAUUAGCUGCUUAUUUGCGCGUAGGAUUCUGGUUUUAGCAUCACGCCUCAGUGUGAGGAUACGGCCAAAAUGAAAUGGAUGUUUAAAGAGGAUCAUUCCCUCGAACACAGAUGUGUGGAGUCAGCCAAAAUACGCAACAAAUACCCUGACAGAGUGCCGGUGAUAGUGGAGAAGGUUUCCGGCUCACAGAUUGUGGACAUCGACAAGCGAAAGUAUCUGGUUCCAUCCGACAUCACCGUGGCUCAGUUCAUGUGGAUCAUCAGAAAACGCAUUCAACUGCCCUCAGAGAAGGCCAUCUUCCUCUUCGUCGACAAAACGGUGCCCCAGUCUAGCCUCACCAUGGGCCAGCUGUACGACAAGGAGAAGGACGAGGACGGCUUCCUCUACGUGGCCUACAGCGGGGAGAACACCUUUGGUUUCUGAGCCUGACUGCCAGCCCAGAUGCCCCCUCGGCCUUUCUUAUCCCUUUCUCCCUCUUUCUCUGCACAAUACCCCUGGUUUUAUUUUCCUGUUCUGGAAUGUCGCCAUUUUCAGGAGUCCUCAAAGGAGGAGAGUGCUAAUGACACCUAAUGCUAAAACUGAUACCAUGCACUAAUUAUGUGGUACAUUUAGUGAGGAUCACAGUGAGCGUUUGUCAAAUGACGGCCAUGUUCAAGACGAAUUAACAGUCCCAUCCUAUUCGCAAGCCUUGUUCGAAAGCCUGUUUGUUUCAACGUUUUGACUUGCAGGAUUGUUUGCAAGAGGAUAUUUAUAUGGCGCUACAAAAAAACACAAUCCAAACUAUAUAGAGAGACAUAAUUUAAGAUUUACACUAUGAAUGGAGGACUUAAGUUUGGCAAAAUCAACCAACAUUUUCUGACUUUGAUUACAAACUGUGUAGUGAACGCUUACAUAAGUCAAAUAUGUGUUUAGUGUAUUGUGAUAAAUGUACAUUGAGAGCUGUUUUUGGCUCAUCACCAACAAACCCACACCAUCACACCUAUAUUGACAUUCAAUAUUCAGUAUUCAUUUGUGGGGUCAGAUAAUGUAACUAGAAAUUAACCAUAAAGUAUAGUUUUUGCUCUUUAUUUAAUAUAGAGCUAACCAUACUGUUACGGCUAUGCUAGGACCAGCCAGUAACAUGGACGUUAUCUCCUCCCUGCACAAAUAAAGCCAUCCAAACGGGUUGAACGCAGAAUACAAGUUAUUAAUUUUACAUUUAACUGAAUAAAAUGUAGGGAGGGGACAAGCCUCAAACACAUGAACACUCGUGGUUGGGAAGGAACAGGCUACCAAGAAAAAUAUGAACACAGGGAGGAAGAUUUACACAAAUUCAUAACUUCAAACUGACCUUGGGUCAUAACACCUCCCCCCCCUUAAAAAAAAGCCAUCCAAGAUGUUUGAUAAAGCUAAAUGUUUGAAGCAUGAAGCUUGGAAUUUAUGAUCUUCUCUUGGCACCCACCAGGGACGAAGAGUUAGCCUCAAAGGGACAAGCAGGCUACACAGGCUUCGAAUGGUAGAGUGGGCCACAAAGGCCUUCCAGUGAAGGGUUGAGUGGGCCACCAAGGCCUUCCAGUGAAGGGUUGAGUGGGCCACCAAGGCCUUCCAGUGGAGGGUUGAGUGGGCCACCAAGGCCUUCCAGUGAAGGGUUGAGUGGGCCACCAAGGCCUUCCAGUGGAGGGUUGAGUGGGCCACCAAGGCCUUCCAGUGGAGGGUUGAGUGGGCCACCAAGGCCUUCCAGUGAAGGGUUGAGUGGGCCACCAAGGCCUUCCAGUGGAGGGUUGAGUGGGCCACCAAGGCCUUCCAGUGGAGGGUUGAGUGGGCCACCAAGGCCUUCAAGUGGAGGGUUGAGUGGGGCACCAAGUCCUUACAUUGAAGGGUUGAGUGGGCCACCAAGUCCUUACAUUGAAGGGUUGAGUGGGCCACCAAGGCAUCACAAGCAAAGUUUGGAAGUUUGUUUGGCCUCUCUGGCUUUUGUUAUGGCUGGCCCAGGGGAACCAGCCAGUAGCAGGGCAGUUGUCCCCUCCCUACUCAGAUUGCCACAAAUAAAGCCAUCCAAACAGGUUUGAACGCAGAAGAGAAAUAUUUUAUUUUACAUUUAACUGAACAAAACUUAGGAAGGCCAAAACUCAAAAAGGAAGGCCUCAAACAAAAAGGCUAGCAUGCAAGGAUAUAUGAACACAUGGAGGGACAUCGACACAAACUAAACACAUACCUAUAUAGGCCGUUCUUACUGUAACAAGGACAACCCACUAAUGAUGCAUUAUAUGUGGAAGAAUGUGUGCUUUAAGGCCAUGGUAUAACCACAACUCCACACAGAUGUUACCCCUACGCUCCCGUCGUGAACACUUUUACACAGCCUGUCGCCUUGAUUACUCAAAUGCACUUGGUUACAUUAAUUGGUUGAAAACCCGUCGUAUAAUUUCACCGAUGUACAUUUCUUUUAGCUAUUUAAAACUUGCAUCGCAACACCAGUUAUAGGCUGGGGCAGCAGUAUUAGGAAAUGUGUAAUAUUUUGAAUAUUUUUGUUGUUGGAUCAAUAUUAUUUUUGAUUGUUUAACGCUUUAUGAAUCUGAAAUGAUUUUAGAUAUCUGAAAAGUACAGGUAAGGUAGCUGGAUAACCUGACCAAUAAUAAUAAAAAAAUGUAAGUAAUAA